AUGGCGGCUCCGCGCGUGAGCUUCGGCGAGAAGGACAUGGAGAACGGCGGAGGCGACGCUGAGAGGUCGAGGUCGAGGAAGUGGUCGCAGGCACCUGGCAACAUCGAGGAUCUUGACGAGUACACUGCUCUUCAGAAGUACAUCUCUACAUACAGAGAUCCCAAGGCUGCCGCCGCCGAGGAAGGCGAGGAUGACGGCGGCGAGACGAAGAAGAAGCCGGCGUGGAAGUUCUGGGCCAAGGAAGAGAAGACCGAAGACGACGGCUCCGUGCCCGACGAGUGGCUCAACGCCGACAUCAAGCAGGGCAUCAGCAACAGCGAUGUCGAGCACCGCCGGAAGCGCUUCGGCUGGAACGAGCUCUCCUCCGAGAAGGAGAACUUGUUCAUCAAGUUCUUGAUGUUUUUCACCGGUCCUAUCCUCUAUGUCAUGGAAGUCGCUGUCGUCCUCGCUGCCGGUCUUCAGGACUGGAUCGAUUUCGGUGUCAUUAUCGCUAUCCUCAUGCUCAACGCCGCCGUCGGUUGGUAUCAAGAGAAGCAGGCCGCAGACGUGGUCGCAAGUUUGAAGGGUGACAUUGCCAUGAAGGCGGUCGUCAUCCGUCAAGGUCAAGAACAAGAUAUCAAGGCUCGCGAACUCGUCCCUGGCGACAUUGUGGUCGUUGAGGAAGGUCAAACUGUCCCGGCCGACGCUCGCUUGAUUUGCGACUACGAGACUCCGGAAGAUUUCGAAAAGUACAAGGAACUCCGCGAACAGCAUGCUCUCAACCCAGAGGAGGACCCGGCCGGCUCUGAAGACAAGGAGGGCGAGGAGGGCGAGGAGGGUGUUGCCCACCAAGGACACGCAAUCAUUGCCACCGAUCAGUCUGCCAUUACCGGAGAGUCGCUCGCUGUGGACAAGUACAUGGGCGACAUGGUCUACUACACGACUGGUUGCAAGCGCGGCAAGGCCUAUGCUGUCUGCGAGACCUCUGCCAGGUUCUCCUUCGUCGGUCGUACCGCUACUCUCGUGCAAGGCGCCAAGGACCAGGGUCACUUCAAGGCUAUCAUGAACAACAUCGGUACUGCGCUUCUCGUCCUGGUCAUGUUCUGGAUUCUCCUCGCCUGGAUUGGCGGCUUCUACCGCAAUCUCGGCAUCGCCACGCCAACGGACUCUGACAACACUUUGCUCCGCUACGUCCUGAUCCUGUUCAUCAUUGGUGUGCCCGUCGGUCUGCCUGUCGUCACCACCACGACUCUAGCCGUCGGUGCCGCCUACCUCGCCAAGGAGCAGGCUAUUGUGCAGAAGCUUACCGCCAUCGAGUCGCUUGCUGGUGUCGACGUGCUCUGCUCUGACAAGACCGGUACUCUCACCGCCAACCAGCUGUCCAUCCGUGAGCCAUACGUCGCCGAGGGCGAGGAUGUCAACUGGAUGAUGGCGUGCGCAGCUCUCGCCUCGUCCCACAACAUCAAGUCCCUCGACCCCAUCGACAAGGUCACCAUUCUUACGCUCAAGCGCUACCCCAAGGCCCGUGACAUUCUCAAGGACGACUGGAAGACCGACAAGUUCACCCCAUUCGACCCCGUCUCCAAGCGCAUUACCUGUGUUGUCACUCUCCGCGGCGAUACCUUCACCUGCGCCAAGGGUGCACCAAAGGCUGUCCUCAACCUGACCGAAUGUACCAAGGAGGUUGCCGAUCACUUCAAGGAGAAGGCGACUGAGUUUGCCCGCCGUGGUUUUCGCUCCCUGGGUGUCGCCUACAAGAAGAACGACGACCCGUGGGUUCUGUUGGGUAUGCUUUCUAUGUUCGACCCUCCACGUGAGGACACUGCCCAGACCAUCGUCGAAGCCCAGCAGCUCGGUGUCCCAGUCAAGAUGCUUACGGGUGACGCCAUUGCCAUCGCCAAGGAGACUUGCAAGAUGUUGGCUCUCGGUACGAAGGUCUACAACUCUCAGAAGCUUAUUCACGGUGGUCUUUCUGGCACCACUCAGCACGAUCUUGUCGAGCGCGCCGACGGUUUUGCCGAGGUGUUCCCAGAGCACAAAUACCAGGUCGUGGAGAUGCUGCAGCAGCGUGGUCAUUUGACUGCCAUGACUGGUGAUGGUGUCAACGAUGCUCCGUCUCUAAAGAAGGCUGACUGCGGUAUCGCUGUCGAGGGUGCUUCCGAAGCCGCCCAGGCCGCCGCCGACAUCGUCUUCCUCGCGCCCGGUCUCUCGACUAUUGUUCUCGCCAUCAAGAUUGCCCGCCAGAUUUUCCAGCGCAUGAAGUCGUACAUCCAGUACCGUAUUGCUCUGUGUCUCCAUCUGGAAAUCUACCUGGUCACCUCCAUGAUCAUCAUCAACGAGACCAUCCGAUCCGACUUGAUCGUCUUCAUCGCCCUAUUCGCCGAUUUGGCCACCGUCGCCGUUGCGUACGACAACGCCCACUCCGAACAGCGUCCCGUCGAAUGGCAAUUGCCCAAGAUCUGGAUCAUUUCCGUUAUUCUCGGCAUUGAACUCGCUGCUGCUACCUGGAUCAUCCGCGGCACGCUCUAUGUGCCUAACGGCGGUAUCGUGCAAAACUUUGGCAACAUCCAAGAAAUCCUGUUCUUGGAAGUUGCUCUGACCGAGAACUGGCUCAUCUUCGUCACCCGUGGUGGCCAGACCUUCCCAUCGUGGCAGCUCGUUGGCGCCAUUGGUGCCGUCGACGCCGUCGCUACCCUGUUCUGUAUCUUCGGCUGGCUCUCCGGCGGCGUUCACCAACUCCCUCUCCCGGACCCGAACUCGCAGUUCUGGUUCAAGCAGUCCACGUACGGCCACACCGACGUCGUCACCGCUGUUGUCAUCUGGGCCUACUCGAUCGGUGUUAUCAUCAUCAUGGCCAUCACCUACUGGCUCCUCAACCAGAUCCCCUACCUCAGCGACCUCGGCCGCAAGAACCGCAACGUCCACGACACCCAGAUGGAGAACAUCAUCGGCCACCUCAGCAAGCUCGCCCUCCGACACGAGAAGGACGAGCACGGCGAGAGCCGAUGGACUCUGGUGGGCAAGUCGUCGGAAGAGGAGGAGGAGGACUAG